GAAGGUACGUCGUCAGGAUUCCACUCAAAUCACCAGCUGAUCUUCUGGGUGACUCGUACCACGUCGCCCAUCAGUGCCUCAAGGGAUUACGCAGACGAUUCUCAAGGGAUGUGAACUAUCAACGUCUCUAUCAACAAUUCAUGAUGGAUUACGAGACGCUCAACCACAUGACGAAGGCAUCAUCCAUCUCCAGUCGCCGCUCACACUUCUACCUACCACAUCACGGUGUUCUCAAGCCUGACAGUACAACAACGAAGCUGCGAGUCGUAUUUAAUGGCUCCAGCGCAUCAACAUCGGGCUACUCUGCUAACGACCUCAUGUAUACUGGAGCGAAAUUGCAUCUGAAUAUCUCAGAUGUUCUCCUCUGGAUACGAAGACACCGUCACAUUUUCGCUACGGACAUCACCAAGAUGUACAGGCAGAUCAAAAUUCACAAGGAUGACUGGGAGUUGCAACGGAUACUCUGGAUGGACGAUCAACUCAAUGAAGUGCCAUACCAUCUGACAACCGUCACCUACGGGACAAAGGCCGCGCCGUUCUUGGCCGUCAGGACGCUGUUACAACUAGCAGAGGACGAAGGAAAUAAAUAUCCACUGGCUGUGCCAUCCAUCACUCAUGGCAGGUAUGUCGAUGACAUAUUUGGUGGUGCAGAUACUAUACAACAAUUGCAGGAGGUCGCACAUCAAUUAAAAGGCCUCUGCAUGGCGGGCGGCUUCCCACUAGCAAAAUGGCAUGCUACUCAUCUCGACAUACUCAAGACUGUCACCGACAGCGAAGACCAAGGCUUCUCAAUCACAUUCGACGAUUGCGCAACCAAGAUACUCGGACUAAAAUGGCUCCCUCAAGAAGACACAUUUGCAUUCUCAACGCGAAGCUCACGCAAGGACGGCAGACUCACAAAACGCCUC